GAUAGGCUUAUGGAACGAGGAGAUGCGCUCUGACCGAGACUCUUACGUCAGGAUCCUCACCGAUAACGUGUUGGAGGACAAACUAGGGUUCUUCUUGAUUAAUGCUGACGAUACUCAUGGCAUCCCUUACGACUACUGUUCCAUUAUGCACAGCCAUGAAAGAAUACACACCGGAAAUGGCGAAGGGACCAUAGCAACACUGGACCCGCUGUACAAAUCUUCUGUCGGCCAAGCGCAGGGACUUUCUCACAUGGAUCUGCUGCAAGCAAACAUGAUGUAUCAGUGUUCAGAUAAACUACUAAGUGCAUGUUCAUUGGCCAGUGAUCCUUGCGUUAACCAUGGCUUUCUUAAUAGGUCCUGCAUUUGCGUGUGUCCAGAAGGCACAAGUGGAGACUUCUGUGAAACGAUGACUAGUACCUAUCACGGGAACUGCUUGAUGCCAUUAUCAGAAAUCAUCACGGAGCCCACCACGAUCGCCUCACCGUCGGUCUAUAGAUCUCUAUGGGAUGACCCUACAGAGAUCCGAUUUUCGAAGUUCAUUCAGGCGCCAGAGAAUCAUGUCAUUGUGUUAACAUUUGACAAAUUCGACAUCUACUCGAGAACGCAGCACUACGUGUCCGAGGAUGUGGCAGUGAACUUGUGCUGGUACGACAGUGUGGAACUCUGCCUGGACAGUUUGUACGACGGAGAGUGGUACUGUGGCACGGAGCUUCAGGGCCAGAACAUCACGUCGGUCGGGAAUUCAAUGUCCUUGCACUUCCUGUCACGACUGAAUUUUAUGCCCGGAUUCAGUGUCACAGUCAGCUUCGAGGAGGUGAUGACUCCGCCCGAGGAGCAGUGCACUCUUUACAUCUUCCACGGCGAGGACGAGACCACGUUCACGGCCAUGCACUGGUAUACCCCAAACCAUCCAGACAAUUACAUGGACGACGAGCAAUGCCUGCUCGGGCCUGGCUCGGAGACUGCAGUUGGACGAACUUUGAUGACGGUGCAGGAGUUUGAUUUGGCUGACGGGGAUCAGCUGAUCAUAGAGAACGCCUACACUGAGCCAACGGUGUAUGAAGGAUUACUCCCGGGAGAUUUGAUUAAGAUUCCAACUCUUUACUUCACUGCCACCUUCACCUCCGAUUCCGCUGUGACGGGCACAGGGUUCUGGCUGACCUUCGAAUCAGAACUCCCGGGAUGUUACAAGAAUCUUAUUGCACUGAGUGAACAGGCGGUUAUAAAGAGCCCUCGAUAUCCAGACUCACCUCCUCCACCCGGAAAGCAAUGUGAAUACAGAAUUGUGACACAAGAUCCGACGAAACGAGUCCUUAUUACCCUGUCCGUAUUCAACGUUAGAGAUCCAAGCUUCAUAGCCAUCAACCUAGCCGGCGACGCCCUGUACAAUUCUACCAAUGUGAUUAAGCUUCAGAAACCAGUUGAUGCCGUUGAAUAUUAUUCAUUCGGGAACGUUGUCAGGAUGUUCUUCCAGGGAUCCAAAAACGUCGGUGGUUAUAAGAUCCGAUACAGGCAGGUUGAUGUAUAAUCAUUAUUCUAUUGUUUCUUGAAGAGUUGCUGUGGUUUAUUUCCCUAACUUACUUGGACAGCAUUCCCUUCAUUUUUAAUAAACUGUGCAAAAUAAAGCACUGUGUACCCUUAUUCAUAAGCAUACACAAAUUACUGAGAACAAACCAAUUCAAAUCUCACAUGACAAACAAUUUGGUCCGAAAGUAUCUUCAUGAAUUGUAUAACAAAUGAGAAAUGACAAUAAAGAAUUUAAAGCCAGA